GAAACACGCAGGCAGCAACUUGGGGAGUUGGUGAAGCCGCCCUGGCUGCUAGGCCACGCACACUGUAUUCACACAUGCCGUAACGCCGCAACUUGUGGAUUUCAUUGUCCUGAACCUCAGAAAUACGUAUCCAAUGGCUCGAAACACGGAAAGUACUAAAAAUGAACUACUGCUUAAAACUUGUGAAUUGUCAGUCUCUGGCGGUCCUGAGAGGGAGCGAUGAGGCAGCGCAGGCGAGCGAGGGGCCCCCUCUGCCGCCCGGUCCCAGCGCCGGUGGCGGAGCCGGGGGAAGGAAGGGUCGGUGGUGCCGGGAAAGGGGGCACUGGAGCCGGAGGAAAGGCCGGCGGCGCCGGGGGAAGGGGGCGGCGAACCGGGAAAUGGCGUCCCGGCAUCGAUGGCUCGGCGCUCCCGGAAGGCGCCGUAUCGAUCGCUCGGCGCUGCGCGGCGGCCCCGUCAGCUCCGGCAUGGCCGGUCUCAUCAACUUCGAGGAUGAGGAGGAGGUGAGGAGCUAUCUGGAGAACCUGCACGUCGAGUAUAGCUACCAGUGCUUCAAGGAGAAGGACCCGGACGGUAAGCGGCCCCGCCGCGACCCCCUGGGAGCUGAGGGGUCAGCUUCCCCGGCAGGAGCCUCAUCCCUUUCCCCGGUGCUCGCAGGCUGCCAGCGCCUCGCCGACUACCUGGACGCCGUGAGGAAGGACUUCGUGGCGGCGGCGCGGGUGCUGCGCGACAACUGCGAGGGACACGGGCACGGCGAGAGCUGCUACAAGCUGGGGGCCUACCAGGCCAUCGGCAAAGGUGGACUCGACCCAGACUUGAAAGCUGCCUACAAAUCUUUUUUGAAGUCGUGUGAGAAAGGUGGGAAGAAGUCAGUAAAUGCGUGUCAUAACGUUGGGCUGUUGGCCCACGAUGGGAGAGUAAACGAUGAUAAACCUGACCCUGUGGUUGCUAGAGACUAUUACACAAAAGCCUGUGAUGGCAAUUUUGCUCCAAGCUGCUUCAACCUCAGUGUAAUAUACCUCCAAGGAGCACCUGGGGUCCCUAAGGACAUGAACCACGCGUUGAAGUACUCGCUGAAAGGGUGUGAGCUGGGUCACAUAUGGGCUUGUGCCAAUGCCAGUCGAAUGUACAAACUGGGAGAUGGUAUUGAGAAGAAUGAUGCUAAGGCAGAGGAUUUGAAAAACAGGGCAAAACAGCUGCAUAAAGAACAGAAAGAAGCCUCAAGUUCUUUAACGUUUGGGGAGUAAAACUGUCAGUUGCAGUUAUUAAGACUGCGGUUUUAAAUGGCAAGUGAACUUGUUGUUUAAAUUGUGAGCAUACGGUUUUCAG